GCUUGGCCAUUAUUAUAGAUGUCUAUGGAUCAAUUCGUGGACACGAUUUGUGUCACCAUCUGGUGUUUCAAAUAGUCACUAGAGAACUGCGAUCUAGAAAAUGAUAGAGAUUGAGAGAGAGAGAGAGAGAGAGAUGUAAAAUCUGUGAACAAAGAUGGACGGAAAAGCGACUUCCAGCAGUUCUUCGACAUAUCGUCGCGCUAAUUUAAAAAUUGGACCUGGUGCAGUAGUAUGUGAAGAGAGUGUUCUAAAAGGUGACAUUACUAUUGGUGCAAAGACUGUCAUUCAUCCUAGAGCAUGUAUUCUAGCAGAGGCUGGUCCAAUUAUUAUUGGGGAAGGUAAUAUUAUCGAGGAAAUGGCAACUAUUGCUAACAGAUUAUCACCAAAUACUCCAGAACCUGCAACAGUGCCUGUGCAAAUAAUAGGAAACUACAAUGUCUUUGAAACUGAUUGUACUUGUGAAUCCUAUAAAGUUGGUGAUAACAACAUCUUGGAAGCCAAAGCGUACGUUAGUCGUGAAAUUGAAUUAACCAACGGAUGUGUUAUUGGAGCUGCGUGCUCUUUGACAGAACGAGAGAUAGUACCAGAGAAUACAAUAGUAUAUGGAAGCCAAUGUGAACGUAGAGAAAUGAAUGAUAAACCCUAUCCUCAAAUUGGGCAAUUGGACUUUUUACUAAAAGUACUUCCGAAUUACCAUCACUUUCACAAAUCGAACAUAAAACUGAAAACUCCUUCGGUUCUAAGUAAUACGUAAUAUAUUCGUUCUUUAUCAUCUGGUAUUGAAAUAAAAGAAUAUAUACACAAUUUCAGUACUACACUUUGUAUUAUAUAGUAUGUACUUUAAACAAACUCUUUAAAUUUGUAUAAAUUAUUUAAUAUAGGAAGUAAUUUUUUUGUAAGUA